UAUAUUUAAAUCUACACAAUUAGUGUUGAUACCGUUAUCUCCGGAUUAAUUAAGAUACUGUUGUCUGAGAACAAUGGCUUUAAAUGCCGGUGUUGUGUGAUAUAUCUGUGUUUGAUGCGUUCCGUUGAAUUUCCAUAUCCUUCUGAAGGACAUAUUUUAUUUGACUAAACAUGGCUUCCCUAGACGCAGGCAUUGAGGAGAGAGUUUAUAAAUUAUGGAUGGCAAAUUACAAAUCGAAGGUGAACUUCCUUCAGCAGCACCUGGCGGAUCUCCUGACACAAAAGAAAGCCCUCCACUCUCGGGUUGUAGCGGAGGAAUUCCACAAGUUCAAACUCACUUCUAGUAGGGUCAUCAGCGGUGAUGCAACGGCUGCCGAGGUUCGCCAAACUCUUACAGGACUUGAAAAGGCACUGAAAAAGGAAGGACUAUUCAAAAACGUGAAAUCGGGAUUCAUUCACCUCAAGAAAGAAUUUCUCUCUAGUUCUAGCAGUAAGGCAAUCAGUAAACCGCCAUCAGACCCACAGACAGACAAACCAAAGCGCUCCACCACCUCCGUGAUAGCGGACCACAAGAAGGAGAGAAGAAUACAAACGGUGGAAAAGGACAACGAUGAGGUGAAGAACCUCAACAAAGCUGUCGGACGUCUGUUUGAAAACCUCAAAAUACAAAAACUGUCCGAAAUAGCGCGGGAAAGUACUGGCCUCGCUAUCACACACGACCGCUCCCCUACCAUGAUGACGAAAAAGCCCGAUGAUACCGAUGACUUUAAAGAAAUCAUCAAAAAAGUCCGAGGAUUGGAGAUGGAGUUGUUGCGCCAGAAGGCAUCACAGUCCUCAGAGCUAAAACGGUUGGCUGAAGAAAACACCGGCCUACGUCACACGAUAUCGGAGCUGCGACGGGAACAAGAAAGAGUAAAGGGACUGCAGCCAAUAACAAAAACAGCAAAGGAUAAACAAGUAGAGAAACUAGAAGAACAGUACAACAAACAAAAGAAAGGGAUGGAGGGCAAGAUUGUGGAACUGGAAUCAGAACUAGAGGAAAACCUCAAUACCACGCUGCGAGAAAAGGCGGAGCUGGAACAGAUGAUAGUGGAUGGGGUUUCCAAACUGAAGGCCUCCAUUACCGCCCUCCACCGUCGACUCUGCGCAGACGCGAAUCUCAGCGAGCGCACAAGGACCACUCUGACGCUGAAUGGCGCCGCAGACGAGAGGAAGAACAUCGACAUUCUCAUCAACAAGAUCAUCCAGAUCGAGGAGAGCGCCGACCUGCUGGAGGAGAAGAACAGAGAACUGGGGAUGAUUCUGAUAGAAAAAGAUGAUGAAAUCGGUAAACUGAGAAACUCUUUAAUUGAAAUUUCGGAGGAAGUGAGUAAAAUGCACGGUUCAUUGACUACUCUGGAGAAGAGUCCUACAGUGUCCAAAGAGGACAGAACUAGCAGGGAACUGGACACUCACGAAACCAGGGCCGUCAUCUCUAAACUCCAGCAUGUCCACACAAGCAUACAGCAGUACAAACGAAUUUUGUUGGAGAAAGAAAGAAGUACAGUUAGUCCAAAGAACAACGACGAUCUAAUCACAUUAAAACACCAGAUAAACAGAUUGUACGAGGAUUUCGUAGAAGAUGGGGACGGGUCCACUGACAUGGAAAAAUCGACCGGGUCACUGCAGAACGAUACUCCAAAAACCCAACGCGAGAGAACAAACGAAAUAAACCAGCUACUACAGAAACUGAGCCGGGUGGAGAAAGCCUUCAAUAGCCUCAGAGCAGGUCCUGGGUCCCACACGAGUAGCAGUUCGCCCCAGGACUUGGAGCAGAGUUAGGAACUCUUGGUACCCCCCCCCCCCUUCCUGACAACGUGGAAGAAACUUUGUCUUUCUUCCUUAUAAAUACAUUGUACUUUUCGUAAUUACCAACAUCCGACAUAUUUUUCAAAGAACAAUCAAAUAUGCAUGAUAACUUUACUGAAUGCAUAUUUGGAUCCCUUAUAAAUAUCUCGUAACAUGUUGAGGAUAUUUUAGGUAUCUAAGGACAAUCGUUAUUAAACUACGCAAUUCAGUUAUACAUUUACAAUUCAUUGGUCUGGUUCAUUAUUGUUCAAUCUGUCCUAUCCUUAAGUGCAUACAUUGUUUUGUUCUUUGUAUAUGCAGCAUGGUUAAUGCUGCAUAGAUAGCCCUUAACUACCAGACAAGGAUGGUUUCGAAUAUAAUGAAUCUUGGAUAGGAGUAUUUGGGGUUCCCAAAAAACUGAAUUGAAAUCAUCUGCUUAUCUUGACUUUUGUAGAUAAUAUAAUGGGUUACUGAUGUAUUUGUCUGACUGUGUAAAUUAUUACAUGUACAUAACAUCAUUUAUAGAAAAGUUGUUAUUGGGAUAGUUCGCAAAGAACUAAAGUAUUGUUGUUACAAAUAUUGUUGUUAUUUUGACAAAUGUAAAACGCAAAUAAAGUUGUAAAAUAUUUUGA